UUUUUUUUUUUUUUUUGCUUGUUUUUUCCGCUUUAGUUUAGAUCUGACAGGGUUUGAUUUCGGGCAUUCCUAAAGAAAGGAAUAGGAAUUGACUUACAGAUAGAUCUGUUUACAAGAAACCUAAACAGCUUUGACCACUUCGCCACCUCUUUAAGAAAAAAUCUCUAAUGCUCAUAUAGAAAGAUGUCGAAAAAGUUCAGUUGGAGUUUUCUACCGACUGUUUCGUCUUCGAAACAGGAGCGCGUGGCGCGGCAGAGGAGCCGUAAGAUUGACGUUAUGCUGAAGCGAGGUGUUUUUAUGCUUCCUGAGGUGCUUUUAGUUUUGGGAAAUUCUCAAAGCGGGGUAUCCACUUUCCUCAAACAAAUGCGCAUUAUUACCGGACCAGAGUUCAGUCAACAAGAACUGAUCGACUUCAGACGGACAAUUUACAUGAACAUAAUAAUGGGUUUGCAAGCAUUAGUUAUAGAAAAAAUCAGUAUGGGCAUCCCAUGGGGAAAUUCAGCCAAUGAGACGCACGAGAUGUUGGUGACGUCUGUUGAAUCCUGGAAUAUGAAUUUAGAGCCCCAUACAUUUCAAGGCUUUGUUACGGCUAUCAACUCUCUGUGGAACGACUCUGGGAUUCAGGAGGCUUAUAGCAAGACUAAGAAAAUAUAUUUUUUGGUGACAUAUGAAUCUGUGAAAUACUUUCUUAACAACAUGAAUCGCAUCGGUCAGCUGAGCUACAUUCCCUGCAAACAGGACAUUCUCUAUGCACGUAAUUUCUGCACAGCUAGCGGUUAUUUUGUGCACCGUAAUAUCUUGAUAACGGAAUUUCGUUCAAAGCGGAAAUAUUGCCUUAGCCACAACACCACCGUCCUCUUCAUGGUUGCCUCCAGUGAGUUCGACCAAGUCAUGGAAGUGCCUUAUUCUUCAAAUGGGAGCACCAGCCUGGCUGAUUCCUUGGAAAUCUUUAAGGUCGUCCUCUGCCAUAGCUUUUUUCGCAAAUGUACCCUCAUCCUCUUCUUCAACAAAACUGACCUGCUGGCAGAGAAAGUACAGACUGCAGAUAUCCGGAAGUAUUUUCCAGAAUUCCAAGGUGACCCGCACAGCCUGGAAGAUGUGCAGAGAUUUCUCGUUGAGUGUUUUAGGGAGAGGAUGAUGACAGUGGACAACAGUCGCCCAUUUUUCUAUCACUUUACUACUGCGGUGGACACAGAGAACAUUCGGAUUGCGUUUGACAGUGUUAAAAAAACAAUAUUACGGGAAAAAUUAAAAGCUUUAAAGCUCCUGUGAGAACCAGAUGGAGCUGUUGUUUAGCAGUAUAACAGUAUAGUAGUUCACAUACUGUGAUAUUGUAAAAUUGCCACUGUUUAUUUGCCUUUUACUUGCAUAUUUUGCACACUUAUCUCAGUGCAAAUACAGGUAUGGACACAAAUAACUUGAAACUUUGUCUGGUUGACCAAAUCUUUACAGCAUUCAAAAGCAGCCAUCUUUUCAUGAAUACGUCACAAGAACCUGUUGAAUACUUUGCCUAUUAAA